UCCAAAUUACAAAUUGCUGAUAUUCUUUUCUUCAACACUAGAGGGCAGUGAAUACUCAUCUUUUUUAAAUAAUCAUCUUCAAGCGCGUUAAAUUGUGAAUUGUAUGCUAAAGAGUCUCCUAAUGAAUGUAAAGGUUAAAAGUUUUAUGUAUAUAAAAAUUAAGAAGCCAAGUAUGGAGUAUUUAAUCUGACACCAGAUAACAAAGAAAGCUUAUUUUUAAUAAAAUAUUUGUGUGCAUAGUUCUUUCACACAGUGGGCUCUGUUGGUGUAUUUUAAAUUAUGCACAAAUGGUGGGAGUGUCGUGUGAAAGUGUUUGUGUCCCUGUUUUGGGUCAGCCCACACCCUCCCUUUUUACCUCAUCCCAUCCGCUCCCUGAGCGCUCCUAUAAAAAUCCCAGGAAUCCCAACUUGAGAACAAACAGUGCAGUGAGUCCAAAACUGACCCAUCCAAGAUGACAGGGAUUACUCUGGUUCUUUUGUUUCUGGCGUUUCCUCUUUAUGACACAGAGGAACAAGUUGUCAAAGAGCUGUACACCCUUAUAGACAAGGGUCCACAGGAUCCUUCACCAAGCAACCAAACCAGGCUGGUGGUCAAAGAGCCCACCCUGCCCAUCAAUGAGCUCUUGGAGAAAAGCAGCAAGUCUAGUGAGUCCAAGCUAAACUUCCACCCAAUGCCAUCUGCUGUGUGGCCAAAGCACAGCAACCUGGCCCCGGUCCUCCGUCACCCCGGCCCCAACAACAAGAGCAAAAAGGGGCACAAGAGUGACCGUUUAACAGAGCACAACAGUGAGAAAAACAGGGGGGAAGUUGCUGGUUUGCUUCCCAAAACCCAGCUGACAGGAGCCACGAGCUCUGGCUCCAAUCGCACAACACAGAAAGUCAGUCAGGACACCCAGACCCACAUCAGCCCUCCUCAGCAGGGUGAGCCGGAGGAACAGCCCAACCCCAAACCCAAGACCCCAGCUCAGACACAAACACCCAUCCAGCCGCAUCAGACAGCGUCUUCACCUCGCAGAGACUCCCCCAACCGACGGCAGGACCCAGAGGAGAACCGACCUGGGAGGUCCGGCCUCUACCAGUCUGGAAUCAGCUCCGCGGCCUGGAACAACAGCCGCCCACCGGUGUUUUUCACCCAGCGUGCGGCUGGGUCCUCCAGCCUGCUCUACCAGUUUGACGUCCUGAGGCGAGAGUCCGACUACACACACGACGCCUUCUGCAUGAGCGAGUGCAGGAAGGAGAAGGAUGAGAGGGAAUAUUACUGCUACAGCGAGUUUGCUGUCAAUGGGAUUGUCCACGACAUCGAUGUUUUGAAGAAAGGAGUCAGACUGAUCACGUUGAUGGUGAGCGCUGACGGCUUCUACAAGAUGAGUCGUCUCUAUGUGACCCCAGACAGCUUCUUCUUCAAGGUUCGCCUCCUGGUCUUGGACACCUUCAAGUGCAGUAAGCCCUGCCCUGAUAUCAAGCUUGGGGCCAGAUACAUUGUAAUGGGUCAGAUCUACCACCGGAGGCGCCACCUUCCCAGUGACCUCCUGACCCUGCUGGCUGGCAAACUAAAGCCUGGGGAUGGCCUCCUGCGCAGCAGCAACUACGUCAAAAGGUUCAACAAACGGAGACACCAGAAAGCUCUGGAGGCCGUCCGCUCCAGGUGUAGGUGAACCACUGACGAGAAUAUCGCCCCCUGCUGCAGGGGAAGAGACUUCGCAGCCGAUCUUACCCAACCCUAUGGCACUGUGCAAGAGGGGAGGAUGUGCAGCGGAUGUGGAUGUGCUCUCAUAUGGACCGCUACCAUGUAUCAUCAUAUCGGCUUUAUCUAUGAAGUUCCCAAAGAACUGAACUGAACUGGGGCCUCUUUGAUGCAAGCGGGACGCAGUGAAGUACUUUCUGAGGUGUAUGCAGACACAUUAUAGGCACCCACUGGGGGGGUUUCAAUGCACAAACAGAAAAUACCGACUAGAAAUAAUUAUUCUGCCAUUGUUUUGGCGCCCAAUCUAGCGUGGCGCCCGCAUUUUAAUACACACCCACUUUUUUUCUCCAAUGGAUACAAGCAACUUUGACUAACUGGACUCCUCCUCUUGCUGGUUUGGGACUCAAGCAUUCCUCUCUCACGCUGUCUCCUGAGCUCAACUCGAAUUAAACUCUUCAACGUUCAUAGCUGGUAAAUGAAGUACCAGACCUGAACAAGUAUCACUUUUCUGAGGAGACACGAAGCUGCUCCAAAGUGUGGGACAAAUGGCUUGUUUGUUGAAUCUGCUUCCAAAUUUGGCACUGGGAAAAGAUUCCGUCUGUUUUCCACAAUAAUUAACACAGCAUGUGAUGUUGGGACGGUUUAAUAAUGCUUCAAUUUCCUAGACAUUAAAUCCAGAUAGCAAGGUUUAAAAAUUGUUGUAAAUUUUCGGAAUAUCAUUUUUUCUGUCGUUAUUACUCUUUUCAUAACAGUUGCCAUGACUUCAAAGAAUUGUACUGCGACUUUAAAAAACGGGUCAGUAGAUGGCUGGAUGGGAGGAAGCUGCGGUCAAAUAAGAGGCAACAAAUCAUAGCGGAGAGUGAAGAGGAGUAUUCAGAUGGCGGGAAAUGAGGAACGUCAGCUGGCUCUGAGAGAGGUUCUGCUUUCUUUAACUUUAAUUAUAUGUCCACAAUGAUAAAUAGGCUCAACAUCAAAAAGGUGGAGGUGGUGGGUUCCAAACACAGCGACGAGGAGGAGUCGUGGGUCUCGCUGGGACCAUGCCAUGAAUCUAAUCGCAGGAAUCCGAUCCUCCACACACCUGGGCGCUCAAAGAAGCGCCUUCAUUGCGGCUUAUUUUCCGAGAUGCUGAAUCUGCUCGGGAGGCCGAUGCUCAGAGGGGGGAUAUUUGAGAAAUGUAGAGGGAGCAGCACGGUGAGAGCGGGUGUAAAAUGUAUAACCAAGAGAGCCUGAGCAGCGUCGGGUUUGUCGAAUUGGCUUGUGAUGCAAUUUCACUUAAACUCUUGCUCUGUCUUUCUAAACUUAGCCUGAAUGAAAACCAUGUGCUUUCUAGGUGAGAAACAUGGCGACGGCGCCGGAGGAAAGCGCGCGACUCAUACAGAGGCUGUGGUCUUCGACUCGGCCGUCACAGGUUCGAGUCCCGGCCCUCACCCACAAUCCGCUUUCCUGUCUGACUGCUGUCAAAUAAAGGCCACUAGAACUGGGGGGAACAACUUUUAAAUAUAUAUAUUAUUAUUCGCAUGAUUACGUGAAACUUUGUUAUUCCCAGAAGAAGCGCCGUCCCUCUGAACAGGUCGCAGAAAUUAAAGUUUAACAGCCAAAUUCUGCUGCGUUUACCCUCUCCUCCUCCUCCUCCUCCUCCUCUCGUUCCUCGCCCCCCGCACGUCCGUCAUCUCUGGUCAGUUCCCAGGCUCCACGCAGCCUCUAUCAGCGAUCAGUGCUGGAGGGAACAGGCGCAUGUGGUGGGCAGGAAACGGGAGCCUGAUCCACACUGUGGCCACUAUCGCAGCGGGAGGACAUUCCUCAUCACGGAGCAUGUGAAGGAGGGGUGUGGGGCGGGUAGGUGGGAAUAUCUGGUAGAUGCUUCCUGUGUGAAGACUGCGCAAAAAAAAAAAAAAAAA